AUGCCACAUGACACACUGAUAGGCAUCCAGAAAGCAGAUUUCGAAAUGUUCGAACCUUUGGACCGUGCACACGUCGCUGACAGGUAUCCUCACAUGGAGCAAAUGCUCGUCGAUCGACUCGGGUCCGCGAUCUCGAGGCGUCGAGCAGCACUGAAAUAUCGAGAAAGACACCACUCGAAGCUCCUUAAAGGCAUUGAUCGGGCAGUCGAUCAUCAGAAAGACGCAGUCUCGACCCAGCUUUCUGAUACUAUCAUCACACAAUAUGAGGCACUCCAUAUCGACUCUGACGAGGAAUCCAUUUCAGGAGAUUCCGAAACAUCUUAUUCAUCAAGUCUAUUGGAGAGCGUCGAUCAGUUGAAUGUCCCGAGACUUCCAAAAGGGUCUGCGGAUCGCCGACCAUUUCAGUGUCCCUAUUGUUUUCACAUAAUAACAGUACAGAACAGAGAUGCCUGGAUUCGACAUAUCUUUGAGGAUCUGAAGCCGUACGUCUACGUGUUUUCUGAUUGUCCAGCACCGAGUCGGCUGUAUGACAGUCAUCGUGAAUGGCAUCGCCAUCUACAGAGCAAACACGCCUCAAGUCUUGCAACAGGUGCAGACAUUGAAUGCCCGUUGCGUUGUGGAACAAUGGUAUCGCCACGGCUCUUGGUGAGGCAUCUAGGCCGACAUUUGGAAGAUAUCGCCUUGUUCGCUCUUCGGCGAGGUGAAUCGGACGAUGUGGAGAAAUUAGACCCUUUGCAAGAAACACAUUCGGCCAGCAGCCCGCACGGCGACUACGUUCAUCAUGCCUCUAUGGCUGAAAGAGAAACGCACAGCCAAAAGGACAAAAGUCUCCAUCAGCCAGUCGAUAUGGGCACAAGUGAUGCUGAUAAAGACACUUUCGAGAAGUUGCAAGCCGUGGACCACGCCUUCCGUCAAACAUGGCUGCCUUUGUGCGAGAAGUUUAUAAAAGAAACCAUAACUCCAUCGAAUGUCGAACAAAGAUCGACAAAGCACCGCCAGCUUUGGGAGGGUAUGAACACUAAUGUUAUUCUAGAAGCUACGGCAAUUGAUAUCAAUGACCCAGAGCACCUCGCCUUUCGUAAAGGUCUCCUCGCUAGAGUGAGUGACAUCCUCGGCGUUGUUGGAAGAGCGGAACGAGAUGGUUUUGUAGAUGUUGGUUCUGUGCAUAUAUCCAGUGGACCAUCAGGAUCGACCAAUGAGGAUGUUUCAUCGGAUGCAGGUUCCAUCAAAGAGCAGGGCGACUUCUUGACUGAAUCUCACCCUUUAAAUGAAGGUGAACUGGUGACAUCUAGAAAGGACAAGGACGAGGACGCUUGGCAUUGUUGCGAAUGUGGCAACGGAGCAUCGAGUGGCAGGUUCAACACGCAUUGCUCCCAUUGUCACGCUCAACGAUGCAGUAACUGUAGCUACGACGACCCAUUCCGGAAUGGGCCAGAGCUCGACGAUUGUGACGGCGAUGACAACGAUUUCGGGUAUGGUUCACGAGUGACGCGAUAUGGAAGCCUUUCUGGAUCGGCUUCUCAAACUCUUCUAGAUCGCCCUUCUCAAGCUCUUUUGGGUAGCACCUCGGAGGCUUUUUGGGGGAGCAUCUCUGAAGCUCUCCUGAGUAAGCAUCAGAGGACAUCCCCACAAACGGCAGAAGAUAGAGUUGACGGGAUAGGCAGGACUCUGGCCGAUGAAUGA